UUGCAGUGCCUCUGGAAUCGUGACUUCAGCUUGAUACGCAUUCCAUGCAAGCCAACAGAAAAUCGGUCAACCGCUUACAACGGCCAUCUGGACACAUAAAACCGAAAUGUCAGGAGCGAUCGCCGAAGCCUGCCUGCGGGAUUGGCGGAAGCAAGGUGCACCUGCAAGCAACUUAGAGCCCGACUGCGGCGCGCAAACCACGGGCGCCCCUCCAUACAUCAUCGCGCGAUUGGCAUUGCUCAGAAUCGAACCUCAAUCCAACUCAUGACUGUGCCACCCGCCAACAAACAGUUCCCUGGCAGCAUCGAUACGCUGCGCGGACAAUCAGUACAAUGAAAGCUGAUCCAAAAGGUAGUCGUAUCUUCGGGCGCGGCUCAACCAUCGCGAGCCCCCAUCUGACCUCGCAUCACGUCUCACCUCAGACACUCCUCCAGCUGGACUCAUACAGUACUGGCGAAUGUGCAGGGGGGACUCACUGGACUCCCAGAAUUGCGCGGGGCCCUGUAUCACGACGGCCCGAUUGACACCGCCCAAUGGGAGAGGUUUGGGGGCAGAUUCGGACAGCAUGUACCCAACUGCGUCACGACGGCUCGGUACGGCUCCACCUCACCGUCACGGGUCCCAGCCGACGUCUGGAAAUCCACAAACCUCUCAAGCGGAACUUGAAAAGCAAGUUGCACAGCAAAUGCACUCCCCACACACUCUACCUGAAAAAGCAUGCAAAAACCCUGACGCUUCUUUCUUUCGCAAGGUUGCCGCCUCGGCCCUCCCAGCCUCGCCGGUGUCCCCCGGCGGACAGGGGGAGACUAUAUAAGCACUAGAACCACGCGCGCUUCGCGCGCUUAGGUUCUAGUCAGAGCUACCCCACAUUUUACGGCUCUCGCUUUCGCUCGCCUGAUCGGCGACAGUGCGAAGUCCGCUGCAGGUGGGCGUUGCGAGUGUAGGCCAUCAGCGCGUAAAGCGGCAUCGCGUAAAGCAAACCAUCAGCGCGUAAAGGCCCAAGACCGUCAGUGCGUAAAGCGCGCGACGAAUGGUGUUCAAAGGAUGCGCUAUGCAAUGACAUAGCAUACGCUGACGAAGUAUGUGAUGUCAGCCGCGAAGCAUAUUACCCUCUUGGGGCCUCCUGGGGACCACCCAUCAGACUGUCGCAACGGCCUGUUCAAUAUAGAUGAACAGAUUGCACACCUAACAAAAACUCGCACUUGAAACUUCCGAUGCGCACGCCAGCGAUGGCAGUACGCAUGGGGUGCAAUUGAAGCGCACGGCCUUCGACUGCUGUUCUCUCCUACGAUCAGGCCCAAUGUUUUAAAACAUCGCCUGUUCCAUAUAUGAACGAGACGAUGUCAGGCAUCGACGAUGGUGGCAAUGAUGCGUGAAGAACUUGGGCUGUGGAGAACUGGCCCAAUGUGCAGACGCAGGGCCGUUGUCCAACUGGGGUUGCGGGAUGGGCUGCGCGAUGGGCACCUGGACUGAUACGCUGUGUUUCGGUUGGCGGUGCCAUGCUGACGCACGGCGGAUAACGCGGUGGGUCGCGCGGUGGCUGAACGGUGCGUGGUGGGUUGGCCGGUGGUUCCACAUAAACACAAACAACAUGUGUGACUGUUUGCUUAAAACGAGCCCGGCCCUGAGCCCGGCCCUCGCUGUCCGGAUGCCGCCCAGACCUCCCUUCUGAGUCAUCAGAUGCUCUCUUCUGACACCACUAGAAGCCUAUCAGUCUUCGCAGUUAGGUAACAAACAAACAAGUACCCGCGCGAGACGUCUCGGCUGGGCGCUGCGCCAGCCGCGUCUCGGCACGGCAUGGGCGCGCCCCUCUGAGCGCGCCAAAUCGGCACCACCAUUCCGCGGAGGAGGGACGGAGGGAAGGAAGGAAGGAGGAGGGGGCAAAAACGGAGUGAAGACGGCGGAUGAGGAGGAAGAGCGCCCUCACAACCGCUGUUGGCACAUACAUGGCGAGACCCGCAUCUUGUCACAGAUCUUGAGCGCCAGCUCCUCUGUGACUACAAUGUCGUCGUCGGCCGAGUGUGAGCGAAUGCUCUUGGCGCCCUCCCACGCCCUCAUUGUGUCGGCCGCUAUUGUCCAGUGUGCUGCCACUGCCUGGCAAGUGCCGUAUUGGAACUGCCAGCUGCUGCUGCCGACCUGGCCCGCCUGAAGGAUCUCGAUCGCGACAGCAGUCGGCUGCAUGAAGAUUAAGUUGGUGAAGCCCGAGCCCACUGGGCCGACGACGGUGUGGGCACCAGCGAAGAGGCGCACCUGCUCUGGGAGUGCCAACACCAUAUCAUGCACCAAUUUGUCGAACCUGCACCCGAUGUUUUCCCACUCCACCAGCCUCCGCCGGGCAGCGUCGGCGCGGGUGUGCAGCAACGAAUAACCUUCCGCGGGUCGGGCGCGCCGACCUUGCUCCACGCGGCGCACCGGACGUGGGCCAGGACGACGAACAUCGCAUCCCCGGGGGAUCUUGUUUUUGUUUUAUGCUGCCACUCCUGGCUGGGGCACCUGUCUGGCCUGUUGGAAGGGCCCCCAUUCACUAGCCACUUGGACUUGUCGCCCGUCCUCCAGAAAACGCCUCUGAUGACCUCCAGGCCCUCUGCAAUCGCGGCCUUCUGGGUCGAGAUGAGGCGCACCCCCAAGUGCUCGGCGCACCAAGUCAGCAAGGUGCCGUACCACUUCAUGGCCACGCCCUGCGUGAUCCACGCUUUGAUAGACGGGUCCUGGACGGUGCGCUUGAUGUAGUGCUGUAUGGACUCGUGGAAGGCAUGGCCGAUGUUGCCUGGGUCUGGGCUGCAGAGGAUAGCCACACCCUUGCCCUGCCGUACCUCCGACGGCUUGAGACCCACCCGCCAGGUCCGGCUCUCGUUCUGGACCGCGAACUCCCCGCACCCCCUUGCAGAGGGAUCCCGCUGGGUCGGCCGCUGGGGCUUCUCACCGGCGCUCUGCCCGCUGCUCUUUGCGCCGCUGGGUCGGCCAGGAGACGGCAAGCCGGCGACACCUGCACUGGGUGACGCAGGGCGCUUUGCCUUUGCCCAGGGAGCGGCUGCUGGUGCAUGGGCCGCCUUCGCUGGGGCGCCGAUCGCAGUGGGGCCUGCGUGGGCAAGGCUAGAAGUAACGACAGCCCCAAAAAGAACACCCGACAACCAAAACAUGCUGACCCGCAGACACAGCACGCGCCAAUCUCGUCCAGGCUUUGCCAUCACUGUUGGCUCGCAAUCACUGUGGCGAGCCAUCGCCCGUCAAUAUGCUGGGUACUGCCAGCGCUGCAUCAAUCAGUUGCUCGAAACGCAGCAACUUGAGCCAAAAUGGCU